GUUAUACACGCUCACUCUGCGUCUGUGUACAGUUGCUUAGCACCGCUUGAGAUCCCCUGGCCACCUCAGACGGUGCUGUACGCUCUGCCAUGGAGAACUUCAAGGAGCGCGAAGCGAGGGUGGUAGACUACCUCGAUGACAAGCUGCAAACCAUGGACGACCUUGAUUCGCUCAACGCUCUACUCUCAACUCUCCGCAAUAAUCAUACCCUACUCCAGCAGCAACUUGAGGAAGCAGGACGCGAUCACGAAGAGGCCAAGAGUGCUUCGAACCGCCACGGGGCCGCGCAGAAAGAACGCGCAGCCCAGUUCAUCAAGGAGCAGGCGGAUAUCGAUAACAGGUUGAUGAUUAUAACGAGGUCCGAUACCAGUGAUGAAGCUGUUGGGCGCUUCGAGGCGAGCUUAGAGAAGCUGGCACGGCUCGACGUUGCCAAUGCAUAUGUGGAAUUGCUACAAGACGUGGACACUCUCAACAAAGAAGCACAAUCCCAACUCCAAACAUCAAGCGAAGCAGCCCUGGGCCCAUACAAGCAAUUGCAAUCCCUCGUCACCCGCUUGGUACCUCUACAUGAAGCCGCCGAAGGCGCAACCCCACAUCUCCUCGACCACGUCGUGAAGACCUCCCAAUCCCUCCGCAAACAAAUUAAAGAUGCCUUUGCAGCCGAUAUGGAAGCUAUACUCAAAGAGAUCAAAUGGCCGACUCCUAAAGCAGUCAUUCCAGCUACCCUCCAAAGUCGGUGGGAUGCCUGCAUUGCGAAAUUGCUGGACCUACAAAUGCCUGAGUUGGAAGCCCUGGAGAGCUCGCCGGUGGGCAAGAGCGGCGUGAAAACUCCUAUCGUUCUCUUUCCAUUAGAAGUUCUUGUAGACCCUCUCCAGGCCCGUUUCCGCUACCACUUUGGAGGCAAUCGGCCUACCAACCGCCUCGACAAGCCAGAAUGGUUCCUUGCCGACAUCACAAAAAUCUUGAACGAGUACGACGACUUUAUGGUCAAUUACGUGCAGCCAGUACUCUCCGCACGCUUUAGAGGAACAGAUAUGGCAAUGAACCUGGUCUACAUUCACGCCAGAUCUGCAUUCGUUACGGCACUACUACCAAUGGUCCGCUCCAAGAUCUUUGCCACGCUUCCGAAAGUCUCCAACGACCCUCAACUAUUUAGCCAUCUCAUGCAUGAGAUCAUGAGCUUCGAUACUACCAUUCGUGAUGAUUGGCAAUAUGACGGUGGAAAUGGGAUUGAUGGGUGGAAAGGAUUAGCGUGGGAAGUCUUGGACCAGAGUAAUUGGUUCGGCCUAUGGCUAGGAGUGGAAAAGACUUUCGCACUAUCCCGGUACCACGAGAUAAUCUCCGCACCCGACAUGGGAGAUUUGGACUAUGAGUCCGUUAACUCCAACGCGACCAAGCCUACCAAAGGCGCCAUUCGUGUCAACGAUCUCCUCGAAACAAUCACUGACCGCUAUCGUUCUCUUACCUCCUUCAAUCAUAAGAUUCGAUUCCUGAUAGACAUCCAAAUCUCCAUCUUCGACCUGUUCCACGAACGCCUUCAUUCGGGGCUUGAGGCUUACCUGGCCAUGACUUCCUCACUAGGCCGCACCGUGCAGGGAGUCACCAAGGAAGAGCAAGCCAAGCUUCACGGUGUCGAGGGUCUAGAACGCCUAUGCCGCAUCAACGGAAGCGCAGACUAUCUCCAGCGCGCCAUGCGCGACUGGAGCGAAGACAUCUUCUUCAUCGAGCUGUGGGACGAGCUUCGCGAGCGUGCGCAGCGCUCCACAUCUCCCUCUCACGGCCUCGGCGCAGACCUCUCCAUCGCCGAUGUAGCAGGCAAAACCUCCACCACCGUCACCGAAGGAGGGGCAGACGCUGAUAACGGCGCUCUGUUUGAUGAAACUGCAGAAGCGUACAGGAAGCUCAGGAUCCGAUCUGAGGGGAUCAUUGUCGAUGUCCUCAGCUCGAAAGUGCGCGAGACGCUGCGUGCUUACCGAGGCAUCAACCCGUGGGCGACCCUUUCUGGCUCUUCAACCACCAUUUUGUCACCCACUGCGGAGCUCGACCCGUUGCUGGACACGCUACGUACCUCGUUCUCGUUCCUAAGUCGGGCACUUGCACCCGCUCCGCUUAGGCGCAUCGUGAGGCUCGUGCUUGGCGUGGCAGAUCAGGUCGUUUCCGAUGCAGUAGUCAACAGGCACACCUUCUCGAUCCACGGCGGGCGGCAGCUGCAGGCGGAUCUAACUGCUGUUAUUCAGGUUGUAGAGACCGCAGUCGGCUCGAAGGGUGAAGGCGUUGCCGGCAUAGGGUUGCGGCUUUGGGCAGAAGGUUGCAAGUUACUCGGCCUCCCUGUAAAGGGAAGCGUGAGAGCUGGGGGAGGCGAUGAGUGGGAAGCGUGGGAUGAUGAGGCGGAAGAGGGUGGUGGAAGGGGCGACACGUUGGGCCUAUGGGAGGUGGAAAAGAGGCUCUUUGCGGAUAAUCAGAGCGCGAGGGUCGUGCUGGAGGAGUUGGGGAUUGAAGCGCUGCAGGUCCCGGAGGCGAGAGCGGUCAUUAGGCGUAGGGUCGAGAUUGCUGGUUGAUUUCAUAAAUUACACACUUGUUUGCCACUGUCUGAGGUGCCUCAAACUGCUGUCACGAACCUGAAUACCAUGCUUUUGAACGGUCAGGAAGCUCAUUGGGCCACCUCAGACGGCGCUGAACAGGCGCAUGCAGACUAUAAGUGCUAAUGUACGACGUCUUCAAGCAUCACCAUUUAAGAAAUCAUGGUUUGAUUUCACACACUUCUUUCGUUUAUUUCUUCUACAAUCGAUGUAUGUACGCUCUUUUGCCACCGUCUGAG